GAGCAUGCAUUUUCGAUCUCCGAAGUGAAUAUAAAGUGAACAGCUCAGCUGUAAUCCUCAGUGUAACUGUAGAUACCGUGACGAGCAGCGAAAUAUCAAAAAUGUCAAGGAGCUUAAUCAUUGUCAUAGUCAGCGCAUGCCUGCUGCUGCAAGCACAAGCCAUUCCACGCAUGCGACGUGAAGCAGGCGAGACAACAGUCGCACGGAAGCAAACAAAUGUAGUGCCCGCAGACGCAGACUCAGAUUCGUCCUCGUCAGAGGAGUCUCCACUGAAAUUUAAGCCACGUCAGGUACUGAUGACAACAACGCUCGUUGAUUUAGUUGGCUUGGCUAAAUAUGUUACCGAACAUGGUCGUCCACUUUUUAAGAAGGCGCUUGCUCAGUUGGAAGCGCUCCCCGAAAAGAGUCCAGCGUUACAGGCGAAUAUUACCCGCAUCGCCGACUAUCUUAAUGCCAACUCGCAUGAAGCGAAUACAGCCGAAGCAGAGGGUAUGUUGUCGCUAUUCGAUUCUAUGAUUACACUCACCAGUAUAUUGGAGGAUGCUAAUGAAAUGUCACCCGAAUUGGAGCAAACCAAAACCGUUCAAAAAGCAUUCACCGAUAAUGGUGCGGAUAAAUUCGAGGAGGACUUGAUGGCCGAAUUGAAAGUGGUGUCGGGAAAAUUCGAAAAGGCAAUUGAAAAGUAUUUUGAAACUUUGAAUGAAGAGCAAAAGGCAAAGGAGACGAAACUGAUCGAUUGGUACACGAGAUUUACGAAUGAGAAGGAUGACGAAAAGAAGGCAGAAUAUUAUGCAAACUUUUUCGACACAUUCAAGCCAUAAGAGUGUUCAGCAGUUUUUAAUCGUAACUUUCAUUAUAUGUAUUGGUUUAUAAAAUAGCAUUGUUUACGAAUGCCUAUAGUUUUAUAUAAAAAUUUUAAAAUAUAAAUUUAAAUUAAAAGAAAAAUA